CCAUACUCCGUUUCUUCUUCCCAUUUUCCCUCUGUUGUUUUCAUUUUCUGCCUACACCAAAAUUUAUAGCCUCACAUCGUUGCUUCAGCAGACAGGAUUUCAGAUUUUUUUUUUCUUUCUCAGAUUCUCUCUAAUGGGCAAUUGCUUUGGUUCUUUUGCAAAAGUAGAUAGCAGAGAAAGUCCUUAUCGUGGUGGUGGGGCAGAGCCGAUUCCGUGGAAAACAAGGAUGAAAGUGGCGAUUAGUGCGGCAAGAGGGCUUGCUUUCCUUCACGAUGCUCAAGGAAAUGCAUACGGCAGUCCGGUUAACAAUUUGGUUUUGGUUCAGCCGUUU